GACGCCAUCACAGAAGUUUCUGGCACCACAAAUCCUGCUGGAGUGGCUGAACUGAGCAGUGUUGUGCCAUGCAUUCCUAUUGGCCAAAUCCGUGUGCCCGGCCUUCAGAACCUAGGUACCCCGAGCCUGUCGUCACUCACAUCACUAAGCAUGGAGGCUGUCAAUAUCGUAGGCCUGGCAAACCCCAACAUCGCCCCACAGGUGCACCCCCCGGGACUUGCUCUCAACGCCGUGGGACUGCAGGUGUUGACUGCGAAUCCUCCUUCCCAAAGCAAUCCCCCCGCUCAGGCGCACAUUCCAGGUCUCCAAAUCCUAAACAUAGCCCUGCCAACCUUGAUUCCCUCAAUCAGCCAGGUAACUGUGGACACCCAGGGAGCUCCUGAAACACCAGCUUCCCAAAGCAGAGGGUGCGAGACACAGCUCAAGCAGACACCCGCAGCCAGUGCAAACCAGGUCAGCAGGACCGAUUCUCCUCAGGGGUCACCUAAAGUCCAGCAGGAAAAUGCAAGAAAAGCACUAGGUCCACUUGCCCCUGCAGGUGACCACGCAAAGCUCGACAGCUCAAGUAAAACAGACUCUGAGAGGGCCACCUUGGCAAACCACACGAAGCCCACACCUGAGCUCACCUCUGUGCCCACGCCAGGGGCACUGCAGAAGGCACAGGUUGAAGCUUUGCCCAAGCCAUUGGGCCAGCGCACUCUGUCUCCAGACAGGCAGGGGUCGAGGGCUGCAGCACUGCCCCAAAGGCAGCUCACCGUGCAGUUCAGCGAUGUGAGCAGUGAUGACGAUGAGGACAGGCUCGUGAUAGCAACCUAGUGAUUUAUUUUUUAUCGUUUUUUUUUUUUAACUAACACUUAAAGGUUUCUUUGAAAACCCUCCUUUCUUUAAAGCACAUUUUUCUGACAUGAACUCAUGACUAAUCUUUGUGCAAUCAUGAACUUUUGACCAAUAAUUGUUUUGUGUCAGCUCCAGCCAUUUUUGUACAUGUUGUAUAGACAAUUGUGCCUUUUAGGAGUUUUACGUUUAGAAACUGUACAGAUUGUUGAAUAUCUAUAUACAUAAAAAUGUUAUAUAUGUAUAUGAAAUCCAGGUAGUUAUUUGUGUUUAGUAAGAAGAACCAGUCAAAUAAAUCAGAUGAUUAAAUUAUAUGUUGCACUGUUAAAUAUAAAUUUUUAUGGCUGUGGGGCAGAGUUUCUGUGUAUAAAUUAGUAU